AAUUGUCAAACAAUGACAGCCGGAUAUUACCCCCAUUUUGAAUCGGUCUUUUCCUUCUCUCUUUCUUUCGAAACGUGGAAACGUCAACAUUAAGUUGAAUUUCACAUCGUGCUGCUAAAAAUAUAUUUUAUUUUUACAAAUUAAACGCAAAAUGCCGCGUGAAAUUAAAGAAGUCAAGGAAUUCCUAAACACAGCCCGCAGAUCCGAUGCGCGUGCUGUGAAAAUAAAGAAGAACCCAUCAAACACCAAGUUCAAGAUUCGUUGCUCUCGUUUCCUCUACACUUUGGUCGUUCCCGACAAGGAGAAGGCUGAGAAAAUCAAGCAGUCUCUUCCUCCAGGUCUUCAAGUUAAGGAGGUUAAGUAAAAAUUUGUACGAUAAAAACUACAAAAACUUAUUCUAACCUACAAAAAUACAAUACGAUUCCCGGAGAGUGUGUUUUUUAAUUAAAAAAGAAAAAGAAUUAACAUCGAAUAAACAAAAUGAGAUGUUAAGCUAAACAAAA